UUCCCCAGCUGGUGCUGUUCUUUGUCAUGGACGUGCUGCGGGACCUGCCGGGGCUGCCCGGGCUCUUUGUCGCCUGCCUGUUCAGCGGUUCCCUCAGCACCAUCUCCUCUGCCUUCAACUCGCUGGCCACGGUGACCAUGGAGGAUCUGGUGCGGCCACACUUCCCSGAGCUGUCCGAGUCGCGGGCCACGCUCGUCUCCAAGCUGCUGGCUCUCGGCUACGGGCUGCUGUGCCUGGGGAUGGCCUACGUGUCCUCCAUGCUGGGACCCGUGCUGCAGGCCGCCAUCAGCAUCUUCGGCAUGGUGGGAGGUCCACUCCUGGGGCUCUUCUGCCUGGGCAUGUUCUUCCCGUGUGCCAACCCCACAGGAGCCGCUGUGGGGCUGCUGGCCGGACUGGCCAUGGCAUUCUGGGUGGGCAUCGGGAGCUUCCUGCAGGGCACAGCAGCGGCCAAGGGCGUCUCCCCAGCCAACAGCACCGUGGGCAACCUCACCACCAUCCUGGCCACCACCCCGCUGCCCCCCACAGCGGCACCSCCAAGCCCCACGGGGCUGCAGCGCUUCUACAGCCUGUCCUACAUGUGGUACAGCGCCCACAACUCCACCACCGUCAUCCUGGUGGGGGUCCUGGUCAGCCUGCUCACCGGCCCCACCCCAGCAUCGGCCCUGGACCCCCGCACCAUCUCUCCUGUGCUGCCCUGGCUGCUGUGCUGCCUGCCCCCCAAAAUCCGGCCCCGCUUCUGCUGCGGGGGAGGUGACCCCGCCCAGGUCCCCGGCCACGCGGAUCCCACAGAGAAGAGCAAUGGGGUUCCCAAUGGCCUGGCCCCCGCCGGCCCCGACUGGCAGGGGGAGGAGGAGGAGGGUCAGGGGUACAUCCGCAGUGCCGGCACCCCCUCCUACACCGUGCAGGAAACCUCCUUCUGAUGUCCCCAGCGUGGGGGUCUCAGCCACCCCCCCUGGCCGGGGGGCUCAGAUCCUGGAGGGGCACCCGCAGACAGC